AUGAAUUACUGUGGAGAGCUUCUACUCUUAUCCCUAUCAUCCAAUCAAUUUGAUGGGAGUGUUCCACAAAAUUUUGGGAGGUUAGAAAAUGUUGAAAAGGUAUAUCUUGGAGGUAACAAUUUGAUCGGUAGUAUACCUCCGACCAUAAGUAACUUGUCGAGGUUGAUUUUGUUCGACAUUAGCCACAACAACAUUACAGGAAGCAUUCCGAGUGAUUUGUGGCGGCUUCCAAAUCUGUCAAUAUUGAAUUUUGAACACAAUUAUCUCACAGGGUCAAUCCCCCAAAACCUUUUCAACAUGUCCUCUCUACAAGUUGUUGCCUUGACAAAUAAUUCCCUAUCUGGAAAUCUUCCUUCAGAUUCUGGAUUUUCCUGCCCCACUCUUGAAUCUCUAUAUUUUGGUAGCAACAAAUUUAGUGGUCCUAUCCCAUCCUAUCUUUCAAAUUGUUCCAGGCUCGUCCUACUAGAUUUUAGUUCAAACAUACUAUCUGGACCAAUACCAAAAAGUCUUGGACACUUGAAGUACCUCCAAAAUCUUAGUUUGAAUAACAAUAAGCUAACAGGAGAGCCUGGAGAGCUUAAUUUCCUUUCAUCUUUAUCUAAUUGCAGAUUUUUGAAAACACUGUCCAUAGUCAACAAUCCCUUGGAUAUUACUCUUCCAGAUUCUAUUGAAAACUUUUCGACCACCCUUAACACCAUUUAUCUGCUCCAAAGCAAAAUAAAUGGUCAUAUUCCUAUCAGUAUUGGUUCCUUAAAAGGCUUGACCUUCCUUGUCCUGGCCGCUAAUAAUUUGUCUGGAAACAUACCAUCCACGAUUGGGGGAUUGGAGAGGUUACAAAGAUUAUUUCUUGGUGACAAUAAACUUGAAGGGUUCAUUCCAUAA